UCACCGUGUGUGUGUGUGUGUGUGUGUGUGUGUGUGUCUGCGCGCGCGCGUGUGUUUGUGUGUGGGAGGAAGGGAGGAGGGCCCCAGACAGACAGCGUGGCUGCAGUGCCGCAGCAAGGCAACUUGUCCAGUCGACCAGCCGCUCAGCCGCUACCACAACAUCCCCAGCUGGAGCCCUUCUGACUGGACACUUUGGACAUAUUUCAUCUUACUGCGCACAUCACAGUUCACAACGCGAGAAGAUGCGCUAGUGUCGGUGUGGAGUAACAGCGGCUGUCACGGGUGGCUGGCACAGAGGCUGUCAGACGUCAGAUAGCAGCCUGCCCGGCACCGGGAGCCACCAGCCGGCCAUAGGGAGCUGCAAGGGUUGGCUAGCUGGAAGGCUAACUGGCAUUAGCCUGGUGGAGCCUCUCGGAGCAGAAUUCACAAACACAUCACUGCGCUGACGCCAACUCAAAAGGCUUGACGAUGGAUUGAAGCAUGAAGGGUGGAACUGUCCCAUCAUCACACUAGGAGGGCUCUCUCUUAGGCAAUGGGUGCUUAUACUCCUGCAAGAGCCUGGGAUAUUGUAAAAAAAGGAAAAAAAGGUUGUGCUCAGCAGCUGCAACUGUGUGACUGAGCUGGGAGACACAGAGGAAGAUGCCUCCCAGGCCGUCCUCAGGGGAGCUAUGGGGCAUCCACUUGAUGCCCCCCAGGAUCCUGGUGGACUGCCUGCUGCCCAAUGGGAUGAUUCUGACCCUCGAGUGUCUCCGUGAGGCCACACUCAUCACCAUCAAACAUGAGCUGUUCAAGGAAGCCAGGAAAUAUCCCCUCCAUCACCUCCUACAGGAGGAGACGUCCUACAUCUUUGUCAGUGUUACGCAGGAAGCAGAGCGGGAGGAGUUCUAUGAUGAAACUCGGAGGCUGUGUGACCUCCGACUCUUCCAACCCUUCCUCAAAGUCAUUGAACCAGUUGGCAACAGAGAGGAAAAGAUCCUCAACAGAGAGAUUGGUUUUGCCAUUGGUAUGCCUGUGUGUGAAUUUGACCUUGUGAAGGACCCGGAGGUUCAGGACUUUAGGAGAAACAUCCUGAAUGUUUGUAAAGACUCUGUGGAGCUGAGAGAUGCCAGCGGGCCCCACAGUAGAGCACUAUAUGUUUACCCACCCAACGUAGAAUCCACACAAGAACUUCCCAAACACAUCUAUAGCAAACUGGACAAAGGUCAGAUUAUUGUUGUGAUUUGGGUGAUUGUUUCUCCAAACAACGACAAACAAAAGUAUACUUUGAAGAUCAACCACGACUGUGUGCCUGAGCAGGUGAUAGCAGAAGCCAUUCGUAAGAAGACACGCAGCAUGCUGCUGUCCCCAGAGCAGCUCAAGAUGUGUGUUCAGGAGUAUCAGGGUAAAUACAUCCUCAAAGUUUGUGGCUGUGACGAGUACCUGCUGGAAAAGUACCCCAUCAGCCAGUACAAGUAUAUCCGUAGUUGCAUCAUGCUGGGCAGGAUGCCUAACCUGAUGCUAAUGGCGAAGGACAGCCUGUACACCCAGUUGCCUACAGAUAAUUUUGUCAUGCCGUCAUACUCUCGACGCAUCUCCACGGCAACGUCCUAUAUGAAUGGCGAGGCAGCUACCAAGUCGCUGUGGACCAUCAAUGGAACUCUGCGAAUACGAAUCCUUUGUGCCACCUAUGUUAACGUCAAUAUACGGGACAUAGACAAGAUAUAUGUGAGAACGGGCAUCUACCAUGGAGGUGAACAGAUGUGUGACAAUGUCAACACACAGAGAGUACCCUGCUCUAACCCCAGGUGGAAUGAGUGGCUCACCUAUGAUAUGUACAUCCCAGACAUACCCCGGGCUGCCAGACUCUGCCUCUCCAUCUGCUCUGUCAAGGGCAGGAAGGGAGCCAAGGAGGAGCACUGUCCACUAGCUUGGGGUAACAUCAACAUGUUUGAUUAUACUCACACUCUGGUGGCCAACAAGAUGGCUCUGAACCUCUGGCCUGUCCCUCACGGCCUUGAAGACCUCCUCAACCCCAUAGGAGUUACUGGAUCCAACCCAAACAAGGAAACCCCAUGCCUGGAGCUGGAGUUUGACCACUUUAGUAGUUCAGUCAAAUAUCCAGAUAUGAAUGCAGUGGAAGAUCAUGCCAACUGGACCAUCUCAAGGGAACUGGGGUUUAACUACAACCUCUCUGGACAGAGCAAUCGAGUGGCCAGAGAUCACGCCCUGACAGAGAGUGACACAGAGCAGCUGAGACAGCUGAGCAACAGAGACCCACUUUCUGAAAUCACUGAGCAGGAGAAAGACUUCCUCUGGAGACACAGGCACUACUGCAUGAACAUCCCUGAGAUCCUUCCCAAGAUCCUUCUCGCUGUCAAGUGGAACUCCAGAGAUGAAGUAGCACAGAUGUACUGCCUGUUAAAGGAAUGGCCAUCAAUCCGUCCAGAGCAGGCCAUGGAGCUGCUGGACUGUAACUAUCCAGACCCCAUGGUCAGGCACUUUGCUGUACGCUGCCUUGACAAAUACCUGACUGAUGACAAACUGUCCCAGUACCUCAUCCAGCUUGUGCAGGUAUUAAAAUAUGAGCAGUAUCUCGACAAUCCCCUGGCCCGUUUUCUCCUCAAAAAGGCCCUGACCAAUCAAAGGAUAGGACAUUUCUUUUUCUGGCAUCUCAAGUCAGAAAUGCACAAUAAAACUGUGAGCCAGAGGUUUGGGCUGCUGUUAGAGGCGUACUGCAGGGCCUGUGGCAUGUACCUCAAACACCUGAGCAGGCAGGUAGAAGCCAUGGAGAAGCUCAUUAACCUCACCGACAUCCUUAAACAAGAGAAGAAGGAUGAGACACAGAAGGUCCAGAUGCGGUUUCUUGUGGACCAGAUGAAGAGACCGGACUACAUGGAUGCUCUGCAGAACUUCACCUCUCCUCUCAACCCUGCACACCAACUGGGAAACCUGAGGUUAGAUGAGUGCAGAAUCAUGUCAUCAGCAAAGAGGCCAUUGUGGCUCAACUGGGAGAAUCCUGACAUCAUGUCUGAGAUGCUAUUUCAGAACAAUGAGAUCAUCUUCAAAAAUGGAGAUGACUUGCGACAGGAUAUGCUGACAUUGCAGAUUAUUAAAAUCAUGGAGAAUAUUUGGCAGAAUCAGGGCCUGGACCUGCGGAUGCUUCCAUACGGCUGUCUGUCACUAGGAGACUGUGUGGGUCUCAUUGAGGUGGUUCGCAGCUCACACACCAUCAUGCAGAUUCAGUGUAAAGGAGGCUUGAAAGGAGCACUGCAGUUUAACUCAAACACUCUGCAUCAGUGGCUCAAGGACAAGAACAAGGGCGAGAUGUAUGACAUGGCUGUAGAUCUGUUUACAAGGUCCUGCGCUGGCUACUGUGUAGCUACGUUUAUCCUUGGGAUAGGAGACAGGCACAACAGCAACAUUAUGGUCAAAGAUGAUGGACAGUUGUUUCAUAUAGAUUUUGGCCAUUUCCUGGAUCAUAAGAAGAAGAAAUUUGGCUACAAGAGAGAGCGAGUGCCCUUUGUACUGACACAAGACUUCCUCAUCGUCAUCAGCAAGGGAUCCCAGGAGUGUGCCAAGACCAAAGAGUUUGAGAGGUUCCAGGAGAUGUGUUACAAAGCCUAUCUGGCCAUCCGGCAGCACGCUAACCUCUUCAUCAACCUCUUCUCCAUGAUGCUGGGCUCUGGCAUGCCCGAGCUGCAGUCAUUUGAUGACAUCGCCUACAUUAGGAAGACGCUUGCCCUGGAGAAAAGCGAACAGGAGGCGUUGGACUACUUUAUGAAGCAGAUGAAUGACGCUCACCAUGGAGGGUGGACCACCAAGAUGGACUGGAUAUUCCACACAAUUCGACAGCAUGCACUAAACUGAUCUCCUACACACAAACCAUCGGUCUCAUCGUGGAGUAUUUGUCAGCCAGAUGUUCAACUACUAACCAUGCAGCAUCGGCCUAUCAAGGAAUUUCAGUUCCCCAUUAUAGCAGAUGCCACGAACAGCUCACGGCUGAUGGAAGAUUUCAGCUUUUUUUUUUUUAAGCACCAGCAUAAUUUCUGUUUAUUUAAACGAGGUUCUUGUUUUUCUGCGUUUUCUUGCCAUUAUAUUCUUCCUUUUUUGUGGUCUUGAUGAUGACCUCUCACUACCCCUUACUUGUUCUGUGUCUACAAGAACAAGUGCGUCCUCAUGUCCCUGUGAAAAUGUGCCCUCCCUGACCGAUGCUUGUAUCCCUCUGCUGGGUAACCCAGGAAAUUCUCCCCCCUACCCUGCUGCCCUUGCAGGAAAAACACAUAUUGGACAAAACGUUGAAGAGGACGUAUCGGCCAAUCUAAAAAUGUAGCCACACAGUAAGUUCAACUUGCUGCCCUUCUGCUGUAUGCGUCGGAAACUUUUUUGUUAACUUAUCACUGCUGAGAAGAAAGCGGGAUUAGGAACUGUCUAAAUUAUCUUGCAUUUUACGUGUUUUACACAAGCUUGUUGUACAGUGCAGGAUUACUGGAGUACCUGGGCUACUAUGAUGACUACCGCUGCACAGUGUCGCCCGUCUGAGCUGAUAUGGUGUCAGCUUUCAACUCUCUGUGUGGAAAUUUCAAAGCUCAAAACUGCAGAAGAGUCUGAGCUGUUUUGCACUUCUCCACAGUCUCCAACAGCCUCAAUGAAAAAGCAUUCCGCCCUCGGGAACAUUUGUUGGUGAUGCAGCUUUAGACUCUUGCAUAAACUUCAGGGUGAUGCUGCCUCUCCAUCAAAGAAAGGAAAAAAAAACAGCACUUAGAAUAAUAUACAGAUUUAUUACAACUUUUUGAAUUUAUUUAUGUAUCUUAGUUUCUUUAAGUUUCUACAGCCUAACUCUCCAGAAACACACCAUUGUUAGUGUAAAUAUAUUCUUUUGUAUUUGUGCUUUCGCUUCCUUCGAUCUUCUUCUUCCCCUUUUUUCUUGAUUACGGAGGAUUUGCCAAUCGUAAAAAGUUAAAUAUCUCUUUUUGACCUUAUCAGUAGUUGCCCGAUUUGUAGUAUUCAGCCUAGUUUGUUGCUCUUUGUAGAAUUUAACAUUUUGAUUUGCUUGGGAAUGCAGACUGACAAGAGUCGGAAGUGCCAGUCUCACAAUUUCUGAAAAACGGGACCUAUUUUAAGCCUCUGGCUGUACCUUGACGGUGAGCAGAGGCCCAGGGGAACGUCUUCCUGUUGAUAAAAAUGCCUUGGCGUCACAGCACAACACUCCACAACCCUGCACACUGCAAAGUCCUACAAACUCUUCCUAAACAAGCUGUAGUGAGCAAACCAUCAGCACUAUUAACAUGAGAAGCAUGAGAAGCUUGCUUUGAUCUGUCAUUGUGUAUUAUUUCUAUCUCUAACCAUGUUAGGUUAGUGUGUGCACCAUUAGAAUGUCUUUACAUUUAUGACUCAUGGACUUGUGUUUAUCACACGAUUGUGAUAUAUUCUAUCCCAGAGCACCUUUCACCGAGCCCACAACACUGGCAGUAUUUGAGCCAAGCUUUCGGUUGCCAGGCAUUGUAGACACCUUUUGGUUUGAAGCUUAAAUUUAGCAGAUUUUUACCAACAGAAACAUUUAAGCAUGUAGCUUAUUCCAUCAGUUUAAAGUCACAGUUAAAUGGCAGUUUCUGCCUUGUUAGUGACUCAAGUGAAACAGUGUUUGUUGAUGAGAUCUGUGUGCGGAGGGAUUUGAACAGCUCAUUCAGAGUUGAAUUGAUCAUUGAAAAGUAGGCUUGACAUAGCAAAUAUAGUGUUAUGCAGAGCUGUAGGACUGUCCAACUUCACUCGCCUGCUUUGUUAGGUCAGGACACAGCGGGUGAACUGAAUAACUUGCGCUGUGGUCCAGUCAAAGUCUGAGGUUGGAUUUUCUAAGUUAAAAUUUUACUACUUCCAUCCGCCAAGCAUUCCAGGUGCAUGAUGCCAAAAGUAACAAAAAAACUUUGCCGACUGUAACAAAGUGAAGUCUCUUUUACAAGUGACACACAAGUGAGCCAGCAGUGCACCUUCCUUGCAUAUGUUAACAAAAUAGAUUAACAGAUGCCAUUAUACAUUUUAUUUUAAGGUUGUUUUAUCCUUGGAAACUUUCACUUCACUUCACAAGCCUUGUACAAAUACUGUUGACUACAAAUGCUUCCUGCCGCCCACCCAUAGGCGCUGCCAUUGUUGUUGUUGGGGUCGAUGGAUGUGCCCCGGGUUUACAAGAAAGAAUUACGAGUUUGAUUGUACUUUUUUUAAGUGGGUCAGACAUUUUCAAGUUCAGAUUUUUGUCUGGAACGCAGCAUUGAACCUCAGCUACAGUCUCUAGACACACAACACUAUGCUAGCUGCAAUUACCCACCAGCUAACAAGUGCAGUUUUAUAUGAUGGGCUCGCUCGUUUAAUCAUCACAGUCUCAUUUCACGGGCUUCAUUUGUGAACUUUAUUUGUCUCCCAUUUUUAAGAUGAAUCAUAACAAAAGGGAAGCAUUUUAUUAUUAUUAACACUUUAUGAUAACCAUCAUUAAGUUAAUUAAAUUUUAGUCAAUGAUGAUUUCACCGCUAAUAAAGAAUGAAAUGCUCUACAAACCACUAAAGCAUUUCAUAUUUAUUGCCAAUGAAAUAACUGUUAUGUAAUAACUAAAGUAAGGCUGGGGAGAUAUAUAUCUACAUCUAUAUCUAUAUAUUUGAUAUUGAUAUGAUAUAGGUAUAUAUAUCGUGGUAUUUGACUAUACAGUCUCAGACUGUGGAUAUUGUGAUAUCAUAAUAUAACAUUAGUUUUGCCUUUUCCUGGAUUUAAAAGCUUCAGUACAGGAAACAGAUGGACAUUUCUGAACUCAUCAGAUUGCUCUACUUGUUUUGAUAGUCUUUACCCACUAAUUUAAAAAUGUCAUUGUGUUAAUGUUUUCUGAAAGUACAGUCACCCAUACAAUAUUGUUGCAGUAUCAAUAUUAAAAUAUCAGGGUAUGUCAUGUAUAGGGAUACAGCUUAAGAAUAGCUUGAUAUUAUGUUAAGGGCAUACCUCCCAGCCCUCAGUCAGAGAUGAUUAAUAUAAAGUGUUACUGGAUUUUGAUGUAACCAAGAAAUGCAUUUCCUUUUUCACUGUGUUUUUGAAGGAACCAGUAUCUGGCUGAAUGUGGGUAAUUUUAGCAUUAAGAGGCAGUCAACAGCACCAGAUUUGUCAGUUGAAUUGAGAACCUGUCAUAAGCUGUGCUUUGCCGAGGACAGAAUGUAGUAUUUCACAAGAAACGGUGCCUCACAGCGGCCUCGUGCGCCCCCCCGACGCCCCUCACAAUGUACCUAUAAAGACAUUUGGAUUUGUCCUGAAACUCUCUGUGUGCUGGCUGAAAUAAGAGUCUGCACUUUGCCAGUUCAACCGUUGAUUGUAUUGAAAAGCCAAAGUUGUGGUCUGUUCUGAUGUGGCGUACGUCUGUGAUGUCACUUUAUUACAGCAUUAUAAAGGCUAGAAUGUAUCUGAAUUGCUAGCGUAGACCUUAUGUGCUCUCAUCUCUUUAUGUGUUUGAAUCAUUCUUGUUUCUUUUCUAAUGUCAGAUGCAGCUAGUGCCACUAAACGCUGUCGGCUAUCAGCAGAGAGCUCUCCGUCACUAUUCCUUUUUUUUUUCCUAAAUGUGCCAAAUCAGGCGUCAUUCAGGCCUGUGAACACGUUGUGCAGUGAUGCAUAUCACUUAGAGUUGAAUGCACUGCAAAAUUCUAGUUCUCAAAGCCUUUUUUGUCCAGAAGAGAAAAAAAAAGAAAGGUAGCCUAGUCUGCAUGUUCCUCGAGCAGCGUAACUUGUAUGUAUGCGAUGUACAUUUUGAAGCAGCAUUAAGCAGUAUGUAUGUACAGUUACAGUCAAACCUAAUUUUGUAUGGGAGGCUUCAUCUGUGACAAAUCUUUCAUGUUGUUAUCUUUAAUAUUCUUUCCCAUGUAUCCUUCAAACUGAAGUGUGUGAGUGUUUGUGUGCCCACAUGAGCAAACGUCUUUCUGUACAGGUUGCAGAGCUUCAUUGGCAGGCCCCAAUGAAAUCCCACACUGUGUAUGUAUGUAUGUAUGUGUUCAUGUGUCUGUGUGUGAUGACACUUAACUAUUGAAGUGACGUGUCUCUAAAUGUUUCGUAAGCCUUUUUUCCCCACGCUGGCUGCUCUGUGCCAGAGAAAGAAAAACAAAACAAAGGAAAAGACGCUGAAGUUUUUGCAGCGUGUGUGAGGAAACAAAUGAAGGGAGACGGAGAAACUUUUUUCAUACAUAAGUUGUCAGCGUUUUACUUGAAACGUCACAAAUCAGAACCACAGCUGUAUUUUGUUGGUUUGAAGUUUAGAUUCGGGGGUGUGCGGUGUCUGUUCAGUACUGUUUGUGAGUUGAGCUGCAAGGCUUGGUGAAUCCACGACUGUUUUCUGAACCGAUUUAUCACAUCAGUUGUUUUUUUUAAGGAGAAAAUGUCAAUGUUUUCUGUUUACAGAUUCCUAAAUUUGCUAGGAAUUUGCUUUUAUUUGUGAUGUAUGAUGGUAAUUGAAGAGUCUUUGACUGUUGGCUGGACAAAAGAAGCAAUUCACAUUACAUGUUCAUGUUAUGAUCUAAAUGCUUGAAAUCGAUUAAUCAUGAAAAUAAGCAGCAGAUAAAUCAAGAAUGAAGUGAAUCAUGAGUUGCAGCUCUAAUUGCGUAUGCGUGUGUGUUUUUAGGAGAGAGUGUGUGAGUUUAACUGUACAGGCUUUUUGUUGAAUGUUGUUGAUGCCACAGUUCUGAAUUUCAGAGUGAAAACUCGACUUCCUCUUGGACUAAUGAGGGUCUCAAGUUUUGCUUGAGUUCAUAUUUCUAAGAUCAGUUGCAGUGAGAACCUUAGAACCUUGGCAUAGUUUACGAGAUACUUCCAUCUUCAGCCUCAAAAUCAGGAGAACAUCCAGCACCGGAGUGAUCAGAUCCUCUCAGAGCAUGUUUGUUUGUUUCUCCUGGUCCUUGACUUUGGCUCUGAAUUGGUGCAGGGUUCCUGCUCCAAUUGUUGCACUAGAUUUUCUGCCCCUAAAUGAAAUCUUUGAUGCCACACAUGCUUUAUCCCUGUUAAAAAGGUUAAAAAGCUCAGCAAUGAAAACACAGGCCCAUAUUGACAAAUCCGCUUAUCACACAAUCGGCUCAACUGGCUUUGUCUAUUUUUGUUGCUGAACGAGUUUGUCGGACUGCAUGGAUCAACAAUCUGCAGAGAUUGAGUAUCACAUAAUCAUGUGCCUGCUGUUUCACUCGGUCGAAGUUGAAAAUGAUAUUAUUUAAGUCCUUCCUGUGCAGAGAAAUACUGAUAGAUUUUCUGUGAAGUUUAAAACCUGCUCUUGAGUUGCCCCUGCUGAUGCAAUCAUAUGAUCUGAGCUAUGAUUCCAAGAGAAACAGUGGACAUAGUAACACAAACACUCUGACAAUAUAAUGCAAGUCAAUGCAAUAUUCAUGCAGUAAAUCCUACUUUUGUGAAACGUGUGGUGUCUGUUACUGAUUAGCAUGGGACAAGUCUUUAUUCUGAGGUGUUUUUUGUUACUGUUGGACAGGUGUUCACACUAUUGUGUCCACCGCCUGUACGAAUUUGGACCCUGAGAUUUAGUGAAUCCGGCCGUGGUUUCCUCCUGCAGAGCAGUUUAAAACGUUGCCCUCAUUUCAACACAAAUUGUGUUCUUUAGAGCCUUUGAACGGAGGGGUUUAAAACUCUUUUUCUUGCAGAAAAAAAAAAAAGCAUUUGAUUAAAGAGCAAACAUGACGAAUCAUGUAGGUUAUUUGAUCGAUUUUGGUCAUUCUGAGGCUUCGGCUAUGUCCCAAACUUUCACUGUAAAGAUGCAUCUUGAUUAAAUGGUCUGUGGUUUCAUGUUCUUUUCUGUACGCAGUGCUCUAAACUAGAUUUAGAGCUAGAUUUUAGCAUUUAGUUUGUCACUUAUAACAUACCCUGCUCUCAGAGCUAUACUAUGAAUGGAAGUACAUCGGGCCCAUGUGGUGUUUUUCACAGCCUACCUGCAUGAGAUUGGGUAAAGAUGAAUAUUCCUCAUCUUGCUACAUGUUUUCUUGUGUUUUUAUUAGUCUGCUAAGCAGCCAUACAGACGUUCAUAAGUUAAUGCCUUAAGUUUGCUCCCUGUAGGAACACUUUCUAGGACAAUUCAUCCUCUCAAUAACCUGCGUUUUUAUUUAUAAAUGUAUAUUGUGUUUCGUUUUGGCUCCCUGGUCAGAGAGUAAAGGUUUGUACCCUGACUGACUGACUGACUGGUCAUCUGAGUGUUAUGUGAAGAUGUACAAAUAAAUUUGUUAAACAUUCA